AUGUCCACCAACUUAGCUUUCAUAAUCGUGAGCUGUAUGCUAGGCCUAUACCUAGUUCACGACUUUCUGUAUCCCAAAACAAAACCACUCCCACCCGGCCCACGGCCCUUGCCCUUGAUAGGAAAUAUCCAUCAGCACCAAUCCUCAUCACCAUGGGGAAAGCAUCAGGAGUGGCACCGAAAAUACGGCCCCAUCAUCACCCUGAAGCUAGGCUCGCGUACAGUGAUCAUGCUAGGCUCACACAAAGUAGUUCGCGACUUUGCCAGAAUGGGAUUUCUCUAUUCUUCCCGCCCUCGUCUGAUACUGGUCGGGGAAUGGAUGUUCAGCGGUAUGCUUCCGGCGCUCAUGCCCAACGGUGCACAAUGGGAAGCCUCCCACAAACUAAUCGCGCCUUUAUUCGGCGGAAAUGCUGUAAAAGCAUAUAAUGAAGUGGAGGAUUUGGAGAGUGCACGCAUGGUAUAUGAGUUGCUAGGGAAACAGUGGUAUUCCACCUACUUCCGUACUUAUGCGUCUGGUAUUGCCAACCUCUUGGGGUAUGGACACCGGGACGGACCCGAUGAGGCUGCGCGAGUCGAGGCCUUGAUCUACGAGGCUUUCGGUGCGGUUUCCAUUGACAAGGUGCUGGUGGAUCUGUACCCCUGUUUGAAUCAUCUGCCAGCUGUAUUCGCGAAGUUUAAGCUCACUGCGCGCAGUCACCAGAAGCAUGUUCUGGAUUUGUGGUCCAUGCGGGCCAAACGCGCGAUCCAACGAUCUGAUGUUUGGAGCUGGGCGCAGGUGGUGCACAAGAAUAAGCCUGAAGACGUCGUGUCCUGGGAGCAUUUUAUCUUUCUGCUUUUCGAGCUGGAGUCUGCCGCAACCAUUACGACUGCCCAGUUUCUGAAUAUAUUUGUAGCGGUCGCCCUUGAGCAUCCAGAUUCCAUACAAAGAGCGCAACAGGAGCUGGACGCUGUGGUCGGUCGCGACAGAUUGCCUAGCUUUGCUGAGCAGGAUCAACUCCCAUACCUGAAUGCGUUCAUAUUGGAGAUUGCGCGGCAUCGCACGAUGGUCCCCGUGGGGUUCCCACAUGCCGCUAUGGAAGAGGGUGAAUAUAUGGGCUACCGCAUCCCAACCGACGCACUGAUUAUAUCCAAUCAGUGGUUAUUAAAUAUGGACGAAUCGACCUAUGAUAAUCCAGAGGUCUUUCGACCGGAUCGGUGGAUUGAGAAUCCUAGCCUACCAUUGCCGUCUCUAUUUGGUUUUGGGCGACGAAAAUGCCCUGGGGAGAGAAUGGCCAAGGACUCUAUUUUUAUUGCAAUUGCACGGUUGUUAUGGGUAUUUGAUAUUAAACAAAGUGGACAGGAAAAGUAUGUGUCUUCAACUGACACUCAUAAUCUACUGUACAUACCACAGAUUGAAAACGUCACCUUUGAGGUCCGCAGUACAAAGCACCGGGCAGUGGUUGAGAGGCAGUGGCGGGAGAUGGACAAGCACGAGAGACAUCUGAUGGAAAGGAUCAGCCGGCAUAUGUAA